GAUUCAAAACAACAAAACCUAGUAAAGCCCAAAUAUCAAAGUGGAUCAUAUGGAGGUCUCUUAUUGUCUUAGAUUUCUGCUUCUCAUUGCCUGCCUUUCUCCAGCUUUGGUCGAAUGCAGGGUCCGGCACUACACCUUCAAUGUGGUGAUGAAAAAUACUACCAGACUAUGUUCAAGUAAGCCUAUUGUCACUGUCAAUGGGAAGUUCCCAGGACCCACUCUUUAUGCCAGGGAAGAUGACACAGUGCUUGUUAGGGUCAUCAACAAAGUCAAGUAUAAUGUCUCUAUUCACUGGCAUGGCAUCCGGCAACUCCGAACCGGCUGGGCUGAUGGACCUGCAUAUAUUACCCAGUGCCCAAUCCCUCCAAGGCAAAACUAUGUGUACAAUUUCACCAUUACAGGCCAGAGAGGCACACUCCUCUGGCAUGCACACAUUCUCUGGUUGAGGUCCACUGUCCAUGGUGCCAUUGUUAUCUUGCCUAAACGUGGUGUCCCAUAUCCAUUCCCAACUCCCCACAAAGAAGUUGUGGUUAUAUUAGCUGAAUGGUGGAAAUCGGACACUGAAGCUGUGAUUAAUCAAGCUCUCAAAUCUGGAUUGGCACCAAAUGUCUCUGAUGCUCACACUAUCAAUGGCCAUCCUGGAACCCUCUCAACUUGUCCUUCACAAGGUGGGUUCACAUUGCCAGUCCAAAGUGGGAAGACAUACAUGCUAAGGAUAAUCAAUGCUGCACUCAAUGAAGAGCUCUUCUUUAAGAUUGCUGGGCACCAGCUCACCAUUGUAGAAGUUGAUGCCACAUAUGUCAAACCAUUCAAAACAGACACAAUCCUGAUUGCUCCUGGCCAAACAACUAAUGCUCUCAUCACUACAGAUCAAAAUACUGGCAAGUACUUGGUUGCUGCAGCACCCUUCAUGGACUCGCCUAUCGCGGUUGAUAACGUGACCGCCACUGCCACCUUGCACUAUUCUGGUACACUUUCUAAUGCUGCCACAACCCUCACCACCCCACCACCACAAAAUGCCACAGCAGUCGCGAACAAGUUUACUAACUCUCUUAAAAGCCUUAAUUCACAAAAAUACCCAGCCAAAGUCCCAUUGAAGAUCGAUCACCAUCUGUUUUUCACAGUGGGUCUAGGAGUUAAUCCUUGUCCAACUUGCAAAGCCGGCAACGGAAGCAGAGUGGUUGCUAGUGUUAACAAUGUCACAUUUGUUAUGCCAACCACAGCUUUGCUACAAGCACAUUUUUUCAACAUUAGUGGGGUAUUCACCACUGAUUUUCCUAGAAACCCACCACAUAAAUUCAACUACACGGGAACUCCACCAGCAAAUUUGCAGACUACAAAUGGAACAAAGGUCUAUAAGCUGAAAUACAAUUCUACCGUUCAACUUGUUAUGCAAGAUACAGGAAUCAUAUCCACUGAGAACCAUCCAGUCCAUUUACACGGCUUCAACUUCUUCGCUGUCGGUAGAGGAGUUGGAAAUUACAAUCCAAAGACAGACCCUAACAAUUUCAAUCUUGUUGAUCCUGUCGAAAGGAACACAAUUGGAGUACCCUCUGGUGGAUGGGUUGCUAUUCGAUUCCGUGCAGAUAAUCCAGGAGUUUGGUUCAUGCAUUGUCAUCUAGAAGUGCACACAACAUGGGGACUAAAGAUGGCAUUUUUGGUUGACGAUGGCAAAGGCCCUAAUGAGUCACUCCUGCCGCCUCCUAGUGAUCUGCCAAAAUGUUGAGAUAAAUCCACAAACAAGAAGAGAAAAUCAACGUGAAGAAGCAGAGAGUUCGUUAAAAAAAUAAACAGCAGUUCGAAGAUUCGUGAAGGAGAAGUUGUUCGUAGGAGCUCCUCCUUCUGCCUAGGCCUUUUGGCUUAAUAAAACUGUUUGAGCAGUCUGAUAACAUUAUACAUUGCAUUCUUUUUCUACCUUCGUAUCGAUUGAUUCGUGUACUAAAGAUAGAAUAUCUGAGCUUUUGAUAUUGUAUUUAAGUUCCGAAAGGGAUUUACCUUCUCUGCGUGGUCGCUCAAAUUGUUCAAUACGAAUUAUUUUCACAGACCAA